AGCUGUUUUCUCCUUAUUUCUGCGUAAAUAUUUGGAGAGCCGGCAAGGUUCGCGGCGCGGAUGCAAGUUGACGUCCCCGUGCCUCUGCCGGGGAUGGCGACUUCUGCGGAGGCUGCUUCUAGGAAGACCACACAUAAAUAGCCCCGUGAGCCUAAGGAGACGGCCAGGCGUCCACCCGCACACGCUCGCUUCGAUGCCAAAGACUUCACAAGACGGGUCACGAUGCUGUUCUGGCCACGCGUUGGUCUGCUGCUCCGCUCUGCACUGUCCGUCUGCAUGUUUCGACUGACCCUCCAGCGGUGCCUCCCAGAGUACAGGAAAACAGAAGGUCACACUGCUUGCCUUCCCCGCAACUACGAAUGCGACAUCGUGUCUUCAGGAUUGACUCCGGCUGAGCAGAAGUCAUUCGUCGACGUCCACAACAAGUACCGGAGCAUGGUUGCCCGCGGUAUACUACCACGCUUUCCUCCCGCCUCAGACAUGCGGAAACUGCGCUGGGAUGACGGCCUGGCGGAAGUCGCGGAGGCGCACGCCAAGCAGUGCAACAUUCGGCACGACGCCGGACGUCACCGGUCGACGGUGAAGUUCCCGCGCACGGGACAGAACCUGGCCGCCUUUUGGAAGAGCAACGGCGCUACCAACGGUUCCUCGUCUUGGGUCGGCAACGACAUCGAGAGGGCCGUCAGCUCGUGGUUCGAGGAGAAUCACCGCUACCCGCCGUCGGGUUUGAGUCACUUCAGCGAGAACGCGGUGGGGCCCGUGGGACAUUUCACGCAGGUCAUCUGGGCGAGCACCCAAUUCGUGGGCUGCGGAGCAGUCCGUUUCAGGAAGCACGACGGGCGUGGAGGUGCUACCAACUUCUACGUGUGCAACUACGCGGAGGCCGGCAACCACGCAGGAAAGCCCGUGUACCUGCCUGGUAGAGCGUGCAGCCACUGCCCGCGGGGCAUGGCAUGCGAGUGGCCGGCGGGGCUCUGCACCGGCGGCAGCUUCACGGCUGCCUACCAAACGGCGCGGUCCUCGACUGGCACACGGGUUCCCGCAGCGAUUUAUCCGAGUUCUACAGCGAAAAUAGGGGCUUGGAGACCCCAUUAUGGAGCACGGCGGUUCUGGAACAGGUCGUGGUACCCUUAUAGCGUAUCUUCAGGCGCAACGAGGAGAAACAGGGCGUGGAUGCGUCAUUACGAUGCACAACGGCCAUGGGCCGGAAAGUUGACACGCCCUCCAGUGUAUUCGAUCCAGACGAACAAAAUGGUGACGUGGAAACCUCCCUACGAAAGCGAUAGCUGGGCACAUAAAUGGCCACUCGGGUUCUGGAAGACAAGAGAACAAUCUUUCAACAUACUGAGGGAGUGGAAGUACCACCUGGACAACAGUGGCGGUGAUUUCUCACAACUGAGGUUUGGGAUCGAUGGCGUGCACGACGUGUACAUUAAUAGACCUGAACGUGUAAGUGUGACGAUAUUUCGAGGAUACGAUCGCUAGUGUCAUCUUGUGCUCCGAGGACGGGCGGGCGAUACUGAUGAAGGCACACGAUAAAACAUGCGUGGGGUCACAUACGGCGCUGCAAAUGUCAGUGGUUCCACUGCUUGCAAGCCUCAGAAGCUUUGCACUUCAUUAUGCACGCACAAACUCAGAAUAUUACAUGAUGAAAGCCUGCAUGAAUGCAAAUUCGCAACACACGGCUAUAAAUUUUGAACGGUACUUAAAUUUAUUCUUUUAAGCACUUCGUAAUUCUUUGUUGUUUCUCCUGUUCAAAUUGUCGGCAAUCUUAAGAAAAGUAAGCGCUUAAAUUUGCGCUCUAAUGGUAUAUGUUUUCCCAUCAAUACUCCGUUCAAUUCGCGUAGUACAAACAUAAGAUUACUUCACGGUUAUUCUUACCAAUAAAUCACACGCACCAGCGUGCG